AGGCUGGGGAAACAGUCAAAUGCUGGUUAUGUAUUAAUUUUAAUGAAUUUGUAUCCGAAAGUGUCAGGCUGGUAGUACAGACUGGGUGAAAAGCAAGCGGCUCCAAAUAACAAAAGCAGGUUUGGAAACACAUGGCAUUUCGUCGCUUUGCCAAAUCCUUACUUUACGCCUUGCCACUAGGAAUAACUUUCCUAGAUUGCGUCGGCUAUGUGGCUCGUGUUGAUGGAAUUUCAAUGCAGCCCGUGCUGAAUCCGGAUGCGGAGGAGCGUGACUACGUUUUUCUGUUACGUUGGGGCAUACACAACAGUGCUGUGGAACGCGGUGACAUAAUUUCUCUAAUCUCGCCAAAAGAUCCCGCACAAAAAAUCAUAAAACGCGUUGUGGGAAUGCAGGGCGAUGUCGUUUCAACAUUGGGAUACAAACAUGAGAUAGUGCGCGUGCCAGAUGGUCACUGCUGGGUGGAAGGGGAUCACACUGGACACUCGCUUGAUAGCAACACAUUCGGUCCGGUGGCCAUAGGACUGAUGUCGGCGAGGGCAGUAGCAAUUGUUUGGCCACCAGAACGAUGGAGAAUACUUAAAAAUGAGUUGCCCGGACGACGCCGACCCAUACAAGUUGCUAAGACAAGCUACUACAACUAGCCAGAAGACUGAGCCGGCCUGGGGCCCUUGGAAAGGAAGCAUCACUGGAUGCUCUAUCGCCUAUGAUAGUUUAAUGCAGUUGUUUAGAAGAUACACCCUAUGUAUAUUUUGUAAUGUUUAUGUUCAUAACACGCACGCUAAUUUAUAAGCGAAAAAUGUUCAAAAUUUAAAAUGAUAGCAAGCAGUAAAUUAAAACUGCAUAUAACAAA